UAAAUUAUAAUCGUGUUAAACAAUGACAAGAACGUGCAGAGUCUGUGCUGGUGCCAAUGGACGUUAUGGGAUCGAGACGCCAUUUAAUAAAUACGCAGAUAAAACAUACAAUCAACUACUGCUAGAGUUAACAAAGCUUGAGGUUGGCAUGGAUCAAGCUGAAAAAUUGCCGCCCUGGAUUUGUCGAAACUGUUCUCAAAGGUUAGACAAUGCAUAUGACUUUAUUCAGCAAGCACGCAAAACCCAUGAGCUCUGGUUGCAAAAGCUCUCAAAAGACUGUCCUUCAGAAGACAUAGAAACAGCCACUUUGGAGUGUUUGCGCGAGACUCCAAUACAACUGCUGGAUAUAGAAGGCAUAACAAUUAAAAUGGAAGAGCCCACAGAGCCAGUUAUGCCAUCAGCGGAUCCAACCAGCACAAUUGAUCCUUUGAUUAAGAAGAGCAAUAUGGAUGAUAGCAGCAGCGAUGAUGAGGACGAUGAUGUUCCCCUAAAGCAACGCCGAGCAGCUCAGACAAAAUUUCCCAGGCUACACAAAUGCAAUAAAUGCGACAAAGCCUUCAAAUAUGUAACCAAUCUGUUCAGACACAAGCAGCGGGAUCAUAGUCCAUCUAAGCCUGAGGAAGCAGAAGAUAAAAUUCAUCAGGUGGAACCAUUACCCAGAUCUAUUGAGGCGAACAACUGCGUGGCAAACUUGGAUAGUGAAUCCGCGGAUAACUACUACAAAUGCGAUCAAUGCGAUAAAUCCUACAAGUACAUAAUGCUACUUAUCAAGCAUAAACAUAAGGCGCAUGUCUCCAGCCAGAUAUCAGCGCAGGCCAGGCCAAUUAAAGAUAAGGCAAAAGAAUCACAGCGGCAGCGCACGAAGGCGCUAACCACAGAUUCCCUUGUACACAGCAUCAUUAAGGAGAUCACCAUUCCAGAUGAGGAUGAAGCAGAUAGCUCUAGUACAGAUAAUUACUAUAAAUGCGAUCAGUGCGAUAAGUCCUACAAGUACAUUGUUAGUCUCAUAAAGCACAAGCACAACGAUCACAAGGCUUAUAAGGAUUCUGAUGAGGAUGAGGAUGAAGCCACCUCAUCUAGAUACACAACGGACACUUCUGCCAUGUCGAAGCCCUCACGCAUCGAUCGUCGCGUCAAAGGCUUCGAUUUGAAUCGCUGCAAACCGAAUGGUUCCAAAGAAAUUCAAUGUAUGAUCUGUUUGCGCAGAUUUAUCAAAUUGCGCGAGCUGCGCGACCAUUUAAAGUCUCAUCCUAAGGACUUUGCAUUCGAGGUCCAUGGCGAGCCCAUUGAACGGAUAGCAGAGGGCUUUUAUAAGACCGCCGUAGAAUCCACAGCUGCCGGAUUAAAGCGGCGCAUUUUCAAUGAUCUCAAAAUGGGCAUGUACGGUCGCUAUUACUCCAUAACUAAUGAGGCGCGAUAUGAGAUGAAUCUCGACAGCUCCGACACGGACAGCGAUGGGGAAGCGGAUGUUGUGGAACGCCACAGCUAUGCAUGUGAGCUAUGUGAAUCACCAGAAGCCGUGUUUCCACGCAAGUAUCAAUUGCAUGAGCAUCAUCGACAGGAGCAUACCUGGCUAGAAGCCCCUCAUGUCUGUCAGCGUUGCGAUUCACGUUUUCUGAGUGCCCAGCUGCUAGAUCAUCAUACGCUCAAACUGUGUCAGAACACGCUCAAGCGUUUCAUGUGCGAUAAGUGUCCGCAGCGUUUUUUCUGGCGACGUAAUUUGCGCGCCCAUCUUGUAGAUCAUAAGAACAAGCAAGAGACGUACCCCUGCGAUCAGUGCUCACGUAGUUUUCAGGAUAAGAGCGCAGUGACCAAGCACAAACUAAUGCACCACGAUGGCAGCAAUGAAUUGUUACCCUGUCGUUGGUGCACGCGCACUUUCUAUCGUCCCGCGCUGUUGCACAAGCAUGUACAGCGGCAUGGGUUCAGCGGCGAGGAUCUGCCAUUGGCUGAGACGCUGCUCGCGGAUGCUGCGAAGACUUCUGGGCCAAAGUCCAUCUUGUGCAAACUAUGCGACACGCAAUUCAUUAGUAUUGGCGAUCUACGACAGCACAUUUUGAUGCAGGGACACAGUGAAGAGGCAUCGAACUAUAUGAUCAGCACCGAAGAAGGGUUUGAGCUGCUGCUAGAUGAAACAGAUGAGAGUGACAACGAAUCUGCUAGUUCUGGCAGAACUUAUCGAUGUGCUCUAUGUGACAUGAGCUUUCAGCGACGACGCGACAUGAGCGAACAUCAGUAUUCUCUGCACACCUUUGAUAAGUUACCCUAUUCCUGCGAGCAUUGCAUUUAUAAGACCGUCGACGAGACCAUGCUAGAGCGGCAUUUGCGAACGCAGUGCCUUAACCAGGAAAAGAAAUUCAAGUGCUCACGCUGUGGCUAUAAAUUCAUGUGGCGCGAAAAUCUAGAGCUGCACAUGUCCAACCAACAUUCCAAGUCAUCCAAUCAGGCACCUGUUACGAUCAAGCGAAGCAGGCGUUUUAGAUACCAAUGUCCACACUGCUGGCGCUCUUUUGUUGUACAACCUAGCCUGGACAAGCAUAUACGCGACAUGCAUGUCGCCAAAAAGAAUCCUGGAAAGAAAUAUCUCUGUUCACUAUGUGGUCUAGAGUCCUUGACACCGAACAAGCUGAACAUACAUAUGCGCCGGCACAACGGCGAGAAACCAUUCAAAUGCGAUCUCUGCGACAUGUCGUUUACCGUGCACUACGAACUAAAAGUCCAUCGACGCAAACACACAGGCGAGCGGCCCUAUCAGUGCACCUUCUGUGCCAAGGAUUUCGCCAGGCCAGAUAAGCUGAGGCGACAUGUCUACAUGCAUAGCGUUAAGCGUUAAACACACAAUAAGCCAAACAAAACUAAUAACCAAAGAAGACAUUGAAUGUUUAAUUUGUCAUAAGAAGGUAAGCCUCAUGAGCGACACCUGAAAGAUGUAUUUAAGAUACGAAUAAAUUAAACAUUUUAAAUAUAUUUGACUGGUGGCACAUGUUUAUAUACA